GUGCGCCUGUUACUCUUUGGUUGUUUACUUGUCGGCCGUGAAAACACCGGAAACGUUUUUAACGUUCAAAGAUUAAAAAACGCGAAUUCGUCAUAAAGGUGUUGCUGACGUCACUGCGGAAGUUUCAGACGUACCCCGGGAACAAACCGACAAACACCGGAGCGGCUGACGUGACAUAAUGCGAUGUUAGCUAAGUCAGGCUAAGUUCACCAGGCUGAACUUUGUUCAGAGAAAGUUCAGGAUCAGCAGAGGUCACCUGGACAGCUCCCUUCCACUUCCCCCCCACCACCACCACCACGCCCCUGGGAUGAUGGCGAACCCUCUGAGGGCUGAAGUGGUUCGACUCUAUAAAAACCUCCUCUACCUGGGCCGGGAGUAUCCCAAAGGAGGUGACUACUUCAGAGACCGGCUGAGAGCAGCGUUCACAAAAAACAAGUCAGUCCAGGACCCAGAGCAGAUUAAGGAGAUGAUCGCCCGAGGGGAGUAUGUAGCCCGAGAGCUGGAGGCGCUCUACUACCUAAGGAAAUACAGAGCUAUGAAGAAACGCUACUAUGAGGAAUGAAGACGUCUGCAGAGACUCAGGAACAUCAUUGUGUCCACGGUAAUGAUCGUGCUAACAUCCGCUCAGCUCCUCCAGAGGAGGAUCCCAAAAAACAAGACAGAUACAAAUAGUGGUGGGCAAGUGAAGCCUCAUGAAGCACUGAGGCUUUCCUAACAAUUGUGCCGAAAAAGAUUCAAAGCUUCAAGACCUCAGUGACGGUGACACCUGGUGGACAACUGAAGCCAUAGCACCUUCUAAAGAGAACGACUGAAGCACUGGCACUGUUUCAAUCCCAUGACAGCAAUAAAAGUUCAGAAAAGUCUGUGUGUUUU